AUGGUUUUGAUAUGGAUGUUUCUCAGUACAUUGCAGGCCCACAACAAAACAUGUCCCUCAGACACAGUUACCACUACUGAUGACAGAUCCAAAAAUGUUCCUGCUAUUCAACUCAAGCAGUUUGACUGGGGAGGAGCACACAAGGAUAAGGAGAAGCUGAAAUGGAAAGGAAAGGGAAAGGAGAAAAAAGAAGAAGACAUCAAAAGCAAUGAUCAGAAUGAAGGGAUGGUGAAGCAUCCACCUCCAUUGCACCUCACAAAGUUGCUCACCUUUCCAAAUAACACUUUCUAUCUUGUAUCUAACAUUGAAUUUCAAUGGCUGUUCCACAUGAAAAAGAUUGAUUGCGCAAGUGUAGGGCACAAGCAGAUUCUGUUUGUGCAGCAAGAGAAAGGCUGA